AUGGCUGGCAAUUCACCGUUGGAGCAUCAUGCGCCACCUCGCUCCUUCGCUAGCUUCUUUCAGAAACCGGCGGAUGUAGCUUCUAAUAAGACUUCGCUUAUUAAGCAAGUCAAGUUUAUCAAUGGGACUCCAACAUUAGAGUUUGAAGAUGAUGAGUUUGAGCAAUUGAUUGCUCCUCAUCGGCUGUGUUUGGUUGGGAAAUUUUCCUACGGCGGUCCGAAGAUGGAGGAGAUUCACAAUGAAUUUAGAAAAAUCAGAUUUAAUGGUGGUUAUACUCUAGGCUUGAUGAAUCCUAGACACGUAUUAAUCCGAUUUAAGCAAGAGGAGGAUUAUCAAAGAUGUUGGAUUCAGACGUUUUGGAACAUUGGAGGAUUUUCAAUGCGAAUGUUGAAGUGGAAGCCAGGGUUCCGAUUUGAAGAAGAUCCACCGGUUGUCCCAAUAUGUGUUGCAGUCUAUGAUCUUCCUAUUGAGUUCAUGCAUCCAGAAGUCAUCUAUUCGAUGGCUAUAGCCCUUGGUCAACCAUUAAAAGUAGAUACACCAACAAUGAACAUGACUCGUCCCUCUAUGGCUCGGUUUUGUGUUGAGGUGGAUCUAACCAAGGAGUUGCCGAAAUCUGUAAAGAUUGGCAAGAAGGGUCGUAAACACGAGCAAAUUUUCACUUUUGAGCAUAUCCCAUCUUACUGUUUAAAAUGUAGUCAGAUCGGGCACAAGGAGGCGGAUUGUCGAGUUUGGAAGCCCUUGCAGUCAAAGAUGGAUGGUGAUACUAAUAUGAACCCCCUGAUAGUCAAAGGAUUUGAGUCUCAAAAUGUUACUGGCAAAGAUGAACCCCCUGGGGACGAAACCCUAGCGCGACUUGGAGCGCGCCCUAUGGAGGAAACCCUAGCUGCAGAAACCCUAGCUGCGGAAGAGCCGCGCCAAACUGAAUCCACUUCUAGAUUAUCCACAAUCAAAAAAGGAGCAAUACUAGUGGAUUUGCAGUCCACUCCAGUAAGGGAAGAAGCAGUGUCGGACCUCCCAAAGUCAAAUGCGACGGCGCCGGUGCAGUCGGAAAAUCGAUUCUCGGUUCUCCAAGAACAGGUAGUCGCUAAUAUCAAUGAUGAUGUGGAAAAUAUUCUUAUUGAGGAUAUUAAUCAAGAGAGACAGAAUGUUGGAACGGAAAAUAUUGAGUCGGUGAUUGUAACUGAAUCUCAUGUGGAUAUUUCUAGUUCUAUGUUAGCAUUAGAAAUGUGGAACCUAUCCCCCGCACCAAAGUUUGGUCCGAUCCAUUUUCCUGAUGAUUCUUUUGCAGCGGAAACCAUGACAGUGACGGCGAUAAGGAAGAGCGUGAGUUGUGGUCUGAAGGCGAAAUACAUGAAGACCGUAUUGUGGAAAACGAUAAGGGUGAACGUUCAGUUAAGAAAAAACGUGGACGAUAACCGAAGUCUGAGCGUGCUAAACAAGUUGAAGGUGCCGAGUUAA